AUGGCAUCAUCCAAAGAGCUCCCACCUUCCACAGUUCCAUUCUUCCCAAGACAAUUCAUCAAGAACCAGUUCUGCUCCACACCCAAAUACCUCGAUCCUAGCACAGACCUCUCUGGUAAAGUGUCGAUCGUCACUGGUUCCAAUACCGGUCUGGGAUUCGAAUGCUCUGACCAGCUUUUGUCUUUCAAGCUCUCCCAUCUGAUUAUAGCCGUUCGCUCCUCAACAAAGGGUGAAGAUGCAGCAGCUAAACUACGCAAAAAAUACCCAGGCGCUACCAUUGACGUCUGGGUCUUGGACAUGAGCUCCUACGAAUCGAUUCAAGCUUUCGUGGAACGCGCCGAAAAGGAACUGACUCGUCUCGAUAUCGCCAUCCUGAAUGCCGGUGUAGCGGGUAUGAAAUUCCAAAUAGUCCCAAGUACCGGUCACGAACAGGUCUUUCAAGUGAACUAUCUAUCGACAAUACUCCUGGCCAUUCUCUUACUUCCCAUUUUGAAAAGAAAAUCACCUGUUGGAGAACCUGGACGAUUAACGAUCGUCACUUCCAUGCUCUCAAUGACCGUCAAAUUUCCCAACAAGAAAGAAGUCCCACUCAUUUCAUCAUUCGAUGAUGAGAAAUUCUUUGAUCCAGUUGAUAUCUACCCAACCUCAAAGCUUCUUGGACAGUUAUUUGCAUGGAAGCUUACAGACCAUGUCUCCGCGGACUAUGUUGUGGUAAAUCUUGUUGAGCCGGGAUUUAUCAAGGGCACUGAACUCCAGCGGGAGGCACCACUCCCUGUUAAAGUGGCACUGAAUAUAUUCAAGGCAGUUUCGGCGCGGAAUGUCAAUCUUGGUGCAUCGACAUAUCUGGAUGCCGUGAUUGGAAAAGGGAAAGAGUCACAUGGUUCGAUCUUGAUGAAUUGGGAGAUUUUUCCAUAUACUGAGUUCCAAUGCUCAGAGGAGGGUAAAGAGAUGAUGGACAGACUGUGGACAGAGACUUUGGAAGAGUUGAACUUCAUUGAUGUCAACAGCAUCCUGAAGUCUUUAUCAGAAUAG